GGAUGAGAAAAGGUCCAAAGUCAUUGGAAACCCAUAAAUAAUUUGAUAAUGAUGGCACCUUUCACGGCUUUCCGAGUUUAUACAGCCAUUCUGCUUGUUUACGACAUACAUAGUCAAGUGAUCCCGCCUCCGUCAAUGGUUGUUCGAAUUGGAGAUGAUGUAUCAUUGACCUGUACUUCUUCAGAGAGCGCCCCAACAUUUAAAUGGACUUUCGCAUCAGAUGAUGUUUCAUCCCAGCUAUUAUACUUUGGGGAUAUAGACAGGGCACCUCAAGCAAGAUACAGUAACAUAGUGCUACGAAGAGGUACUGAUAUUCAUACGUCAAUUUUAGGAAUCAAUGCUAUUCAACUUGAAGAGGAAGGACGGUAUCAAUGUACUACUACAACAGCAUCAUCAACACCUCCUGCCACAGUAGUGGCUGUGAAAGACAUACAUAGUCAAGUGAUCCCGCCUCCGUCAAUGGUUGUUCGAAUUGGAGAUGAUGUAUCAUUGACCUGUACUUCUUCAGAGAGCGCCCCAACAUUUAAAUGGACUUUCGCAUCAGAUGAUGUUUCAUCCCAGCUAUUAUACUUUGGGGAUAUAGACAGGGCACCUCAAGCAAGAUACAGUAACAUAGUGCUACGAAGAGGUACUGAUAUUCAUACGUCAAUUUUAGGAAUCAAUGCUAUUCAACUUGAAGAGGAAGGACGGUAUCAAUGUACUACUACAACAGCAUCAUCAACACCUCCUGCCACAGUAGUGGCUGUGAAAGGCACCACGGUCGAAUCCUCACCGUCUGGUCUGAGUUUUGGAGACUAUAUAGGGAUUGCUGUCUUAGUCAUCCUUCUAGUUGCUUCCAUCAUCAUCAUCAUUGUUCAGUUCAUACUGCUAAGGAGGACUAUAAAACGGGGUGAUUGUUAUUCAUCAACUCUUAUUUAAAUAGCUAAAUUGAGAAUGCAAAAGAAGAUAAAGUAAUGCAGUUUUGAUAUUUUACAUAUGUGCUACCUGACUACA